UUUUCUGUGUUUCCAAAUCUCCAGUUAAAAGAGAGUUAGUUCCAGUUCCACAAAAAAGAGUUUCACUUCACUUAAUAGAGCCAGCAAAAACCAAAUCCUAGUGGGUAGAUUACCCACCUACACAGAUUAAUUAUGCAUAAACACCAUUUCCUUGACUACCCUUUUCCAUUUCUGGAAUAAUUAACACUACAUUAUUGAUCAUCGUCUUUUUUGUUCCAUGACUUGUUGAAUGGCUAGAUUUUUAUCUGGUGUAAGGUGUAUGUAUCUCUUUUUUUAUAAUUGGAUUGUCUUUUUUGGAUGGUUUCAAGUGUUUUAUUUUGGUGUGAAAACUCUGAAUGAAUUCGGGCAUGAACAUGUCUAUGAUGCUGUGGAAAAGCCUCUGCUUUUUGCUCAAACUGCUGCAUUUUUGGAGGUACUUCAUAGUCUAGUAGGUUUGGUAAGAUCUCCAGUAUCGGCUACUCUUCCACAGAUAACUUCAAGAUUAUACGUAACCUGGGGAAUUUUGUGGAGUUUUCCCGAGGUCCGGAGUCAUAUACUUGUUAGUUCUCUAGUGAUUAGCUGGUCUAUAACGGAGAUUAUUCGGUAUUCAUUUUUUGGCACAAGGGAGGCAUUUGGUUCUGCACCUUCCUGGCUCUUGUGGCUAAGGUAUAGUACUUUCUUAUUGAUGUAUCCUGCUGGCAUCAUAAGUGAAGUAGUUCUAAUAUAUAAUGCGCUGUCUUACAUGAAGGAAUCUGGAAAGUAUGCUGUUAGGAUGCCAAACAAAUGGAAUUUCUCUUUUGAUUACUACUAUGCAUCACUUGUUGGCCUUGCCAUCUAUGUACCAGGCUGUCCUUACCUGUAUAGUUACAUGCUUGGGCAGAGAAAGAAAGCAGUGUCUAAAACUAAGGCGGCAUAGGUGGAGUCUGGAAGAUUAUUUGUAUAAUUUUUAAACACAGAUACACGAUUUGAACCAUAGUUAUUGGGUUCUGCCGAAGUUGUUACUAGCAUUGUGGCUCCGUCCCUGAGGACGCGGUUCAUAGGGAGCUGCAUCUUUUUUUCCCUGAUUCAUUGGAAAAUUUUCACCUAUUACUGAUUGAAUAAGACUUCUCAUACAUGUUAGUUAGAUUUCAUCUUUUUCUUCUUGACAGUACAGGGCAUUGUGUAUGCUUCCUAAUGUAUUUGGCACAUCGCGUAUGCUGCCGUGAACUCUGUAGUGUUGAUUAAUUGCUGUAACUUUCAUUUAUGAAAAGUUGUUAAUGCAAAUUGUGUUGAGAUA